UGACAUGUAACCGAUGAUGCGUGCCAUUUCACAUACUCGUACACUUCUGCUAAUCUGAAAAAGGGUGAGAUUCGCCUACACAGCCUUGUCGUCGGUCGAGCAAGCUACUCAAGCCGUGUAUAGGCGCUAAAGCUAUCGCACCCCAGCCUUAAGGCAAAAACCUGCUGUGUUUAAGCUGGACUGCUCGACAGCUUCGGCCUCUGUAAGGGUCAGACUGCUGAGUUUGUGAGAUCAGGUGACUGAUGGAGUCCACAGUGGCGCCAGAAGACAGAAGCCUCAUUGGAACCAGUAACCAACCAGGUCAGUGCACCCCCAUGCCUUCUCCACGUUUAGGGAAACUUAACGUAAUGGCUGGAAAUGGGACCAGUGUGGGAACAGUCAUGACCUUGGUGUGCCCUCUUAUGCAUCGUGCCACCAGUGGUGGCCGGAUUACCUGUGUACAGGAACUUAACAGCACAGAAUGGAGUGGGGGUAUCCCUCAGUGUCAAUUAUAUGAAGUCCAGGGCUUCCGCCUGGCUGUGCUUCUGUCCAUUGUCAGCACAGCCAUCAUACUGUUGAUGAGCAUACUAUUCAUCACUUCAUGUUUGCUGAAGCGUGUGAAGAAAGAGGAGAUGAAACAACUAGAAAGGGAAAGGAUGAGGGAAGCUGCCAGACUUUGGCAACACUUAAAUACAGAGGAACAGCAAGAAUCUUUCUACAAUUAUAAUGGCAGAAACAACAACAAUAACAACAACAGGAGACAGGAGCAACAUCCAAGGUGUCAUCAGAAAAACUACCCUGAUCCUCUAAACAUCCACCACUUGCAGCCUACCCUGGGACAAAUGCCCCCGUCACUGCCUUGUGUAUAACCAUAUACAUUAGUUUAAUUUAUUAAAUUUUUUAUUUAGCUUUGCCAUAGCAAUAUAUAUAUGUACAUACAUUUAUGGCUGGGAAACCACUACAGCUUGUGCCAAUUACAGUAGACCCAUUGUAUCUAAUCUGUAUGUCUUUGAAUAUUAGCUGUACCAUACAAUCACAUAGGUCACACUUUCCAGUUAUUCUUUGGGGUGGGAUAUGACUCCCACUUGGAACAUGGAACCAAGCCAUAUCAACAGCAUCAGGUAUGCAGGAGGGUCAGGUCUCUGCUGAGACUGGGCAAAGACUGGAGCAGCCACUUUGAAAAGGGAAACACCCACAUGACCUGGGUGCCAAAUCUCAGCUGUAUCUGCAUGAGGAUUAUUCUACUACAAUUAAUGAUAAACCUUUUAUACUUAAUUUGAUUAAAAAAUGUCAUUGUUAUGAACUAGCAGCAACUUAACCAGGAAUGAAAAUGUGCAUUAAACAGUUGUUACAGGAGGUUCUUGCAGCCUAGCUAAGUUGGGCAACCUGAAAGAACCUUCAAAAAUCAAAACAGAUUUCCAUAUUAGGUGUUGCUUACACCAUUCUAACUGGAUAUUCAUCUGCUAUAAUUACCAUUUUAUUUAUAUAUACUUUUGUUCUUAACACUUUUAUUUUGAGAAUGACCUAAAUGUGUAUUCCUAAAAGUUCUGCAUAGUUAUGAAUCAACAUGGCUGUGUUGAUGCAAUAAACUUUGGAUCCUUUAGUUUGUAAUUGUUGUACCAUGCAAUGCAACCUUGAUAUCUGGGUAUCAUAAAGAAAACCAUUCCAGUGAGAAACAUGGCUGUUCUUGUAAUCUUAAUUUUAUUUUAAUCGUAAUCUACACAUACCUGGGGAUUCUUUCAAGACUCUUCAGAAUGGUGCUGUAUGGCCUGUAUGUACUUGUUGAACAUCCUAUUCCAAAGGCAUAGCAUUAAUAUGGAGUUGGUCCCCCAAUUGCCACUACAACAGCCUUUACACUUCUGGGAAGUAUUUCCUCUAGAUUUUUGGAAUGUUGCUUGGGGAUUUGUGCCCAUUAAUUCACAAGAGCAUUAGUGAGGUUGGGCACAGAUGUUGGGCAAGGAGGCCUGAUGUGGAGUCAGCAUUCCAGUUGAUCCCAAAGUUAUUCAGGUUAUUAUAAAGGUUUUCAGUUAUUCAGUUAUUUUAAAGGCUUUAGCUUUUCCAUGUAGGCACAUGGAAGGGCAUGGAGGUCCCAGAAGAGAUACAACUUGUUGCAGAUAUUGCAAUGUAAAUAAUAUUCCUUGAUGAAAGUGGUUCUGACAGAAAUGCAAGUUAAAACCAUAUCUAAACAAUAUCCAGAAACACUGCCACCUUCUCUGGGCCCGAGCUAUUUUACAAUGGACUGAGGUGAAGUGGAAAAUUGUUCCGAGGUCUGACAAAUCAAAAGUAGAAAUUAUUUUUAGAACUCAUGAAUGCCACAUCCUCCAGGCUAAAGAGGAGAGGGAACAGCCAACUUAUCAGUGCACAGUUCAAAAGCCAGCAUCUGUGAUGGUAUGAGGGUGCAUUAGUGCACAUGACAUUGGCAGCUUGUGCAUUUGGGAAGGCAUCAUUAAUGCUGAAUGAUAUAUACAUGUUUCAGAGCAAUAUGUUGCCCUCCAGACAAUUUUUUUUUUCUGGACAAAGACAAUGCCAAACCGCUUUCUGCACAUAAUAAAACUGCAUGGCUCUGUAAUAAAAGAGUCUGGGUGCUAAACUGGCCUGCCUGCAGUCCAGAUCUGUCUCCCAUUUAAAAGAUUUGGUGCAUUAUUAAGUGCAAAAUACAACUAAGGAGACCCUGAACUGUUGAGCAACUGAAAUUGGAUUUCAGGCAAGAAUGGGACAACAUUUCUCUUUGAAAACUACAGUAAUUGGUCUCUUCAGUUCCCAAAUGUUUACAAUGUGUUGUUAAAAGGAGAGUUGAUGCAACACAGUGGUAAACGUGCCCCUGUCCCUACUUUUUUGAAAUGUGUUGCUGACCUUAAAUUCAAAAUGAGCAUAUAUUUUUCAAAAAACAACAAAAUGUCUCAGUUUCAACAUUUGAUAUGUUGCCUUACUAUUUUCAAUGAAAUAUAGGGUUUCCAUGAUUUGCAAAUUAUUGCAUUCUGUAUUUAUUUACAGUUUACACAGUGUCCCAACAUUUUUGGAAUUGGGGUUGUAUUUUUGACCACAUGAAUGAAGUGAAUCUUGCAAUUCAAGGCCCUGCAGUCACCAUAAUGGACGCUUCAGAAAGACUGCAAGCUUUUCUGGCCAAGCUACCAUUGUGGAAGAGGAGGUUGGAGGCAGAUAGCUAUGCAUACUUUCCAAUGUUAGAGGAAGUGCUUCUGCAGGAUGGAAUAAAGAAUAACAAAGCCCUGUCAAUUUCUCUGCAGUCAGAAUUCUGUAGACAUCUGGAUACUCUGCAGAAUUCUUUCAAAGGUUACUUCUGCUCAGGUGACAACGUUGAAACAUGGAUUUGUAAUCCUUUCCUUGCCGACAUAGACUGUAUCAGUGAUGAAGACCUUGCCAAAUAUGACCUCAGUGACCUGAGGACAAAGGAAAUGUUAUGAAAUAAAUUCCACUUGAGAAUUCUGGUGUACAUUGACACAAGCCUACCUUCAUCUGGUAAGGCGAGUUAUGGUCGCUUUGAUUCCGUUUGCUACUACAUACCUUUGUGAGUCAGGAUUUUCAGCACUUGUUUCUAUCAAAAUAAAAAGUCAAACUCAAUUGGAUGUCAAAGAUGAUGUGCAUUACCUUGUCAAAGAUCACUCCAUGGUUUCAUCUUGUUAUUCAAGCCAAACAACAACCACCUUAUCAUUCAAAUGGAGUUUUGCGCAGAAUUAACAUUUUGUUUUGUUUAAUUUGCACAGUAUGAUUGUAUUUUAUUUUUGUACGAAGUGGCUGUCAAUUUUUGCAUUUAAAAGAGUACGAUUUUUUUUGUUUACUUUAUUCAUACUUUGUGUAUGUCAUACACUGUAUAAGGCAAUCAAUUUUCAAUUAAAAAAGUACAUUCAUUGCAUGCAAUGUUGUGUUUGUGUUUAUGUGCAUUUUUCUCGGGAGG